AAUUCAUUGAGAAGUUUCUACACGUAUAUAAAUUCCUUUUGAAUUUGAUUCGCUCUCGUCGUCUCAUCCACCCCAUGACCACCGUAUCCUCUCCAAACCCCAAAAACCCUAAUUUUUUCUUCCCCUUCAUGGCUCAGCACCACCAUUCCCCCACCGCACCCCACCACAUCCCGCCGGAUUCCGACUCUGGCCCCGACGACCCUUCCUCUUCCUCCUCUUUCCCCCCUCAAUUUCACCCUCAUAAUCCCACCCAAGACCCCACACAAUCCUCAGCCAUCUACCAUCUUUCCUUCAACCAAGACAACGGCUGCUUCGCGGCUGGCCUUGGCAACGGUUUCCGUAUCUACAACACCGAUCCCUUCAAGCCCCUCUUCCGCCGUGACCUCGACUCGCGGGGCGGUAUCGGCCUUGUAGCCAUGCUCUUCCGCUGCAACAUCCUCUGCUUGGUAGGCGGUGGUCCCGAUCCCAUUUACCCGAUGACCAAGGUAAUGAUUUGGGACGACCAUCAGUCGCGAUGCAUCGGCGAGCUGUCGUUCCGGUCGGAGGUCAAAAACGUGAAAUUACGGCGGGACAGUAUAGUCGUUGUAUUGCUUCAGAAAAUCUUUGUGUACAAUUUCGCGGACUUGAAGCUGAUGCACCAAAUCGAGACUGUUUUGAACCCAAAAGGGUUGUGUGAGAUAUCUCACACUUCAUCGCCAAUGGUGCUGGUUUGCCCUGGCCUCCAAAAGGGUCAAAUUAGAGUGGAGAAUUAUGGGUCGAAGAGAACCAAGUUUGUUAUGGCACAUGAUUCGAGAAUUGCGUGUAUGACCAUGACUCAAGAUGGUAGAUUGUUGGCUACUGCCAGUAGUAAGGGCACUUUGAUUAGGGUCUUUAAUGCCAUGGACGGGUCGUUGCUGCAGGAGGUUAGGAGAGGUGCUGAUAGAGCUGAAAUAUACAGUCUUGCAUUCUCUUCCAGUGCACAGUGGUUAGCUGUCUCAAGUGAGAAGGGGACUGUCCAUGUAUUUAGCCUCAAGGUUGAUUCAGGGUUGGUGACAUUGGCAAAUGAUAGAUCGCAUGCUGCAGCUGAAGCAAAUUUAGGCAUUUCGUCUCUUUCCAUUUUGAAAGGUGUAUUGCCAAAGUAUUUCAGGUCAGAGUGGUCAGUGGCUCAGUUUCGAUUACCUGAAGGAUUGCAGUAUUUUGUUGCAUUUGGCCACCAGAAGAACACAAUUGUAAUCAUUGGUAUGGACGGAAGCUUCUAUCGAUGUCAAUUUGAUCCAGAAAGUGGUGGAGAGAUGACUCAGCUUGAAUAUCACAAUUUCCUGAAUGUAGACGACUUCUUAAAGCCAGGGGAAACUUUUACCUAGUCAAUAUAAAGAUUUUUUUUUUUUUUUAAUUUUUCUGGUAACUAUUGUUAAUAUAGCUGCGUGUACAUCUUUUAGGAUAUAAGAAUUUACUCGUGAAUGUUGAGAACGAGUAAUUAUAUCGGCUAGAGCUUCCAGGCUGUUGAGCUGUUUGUAAAUAAUGUUACCUAUGCCAAUGCCACAUAUCUCAUAAUAUAAAUCUGACUGGCAAAUUAUGAUUU